AUGCCAAUAAAUCCAAAUUUUGACUUAGAAACAUCCGACAAUCCAAAUGUGAUUUCCAUGGAUGAACAGACGAUAUCGAAAAAACAACGACCAUUCGAUUUUCGAACAUUGAAAAAUGUUCUUGCCAUUAGUCUUGCAUUUCUACUUCAAUUUACCGCAUUUAAUGGCAUGGGGAAUCUUCAGAGCUCAUUGAAUACCGAAGCUAAUGUUGGUGUUAAUUCCUUAUCGAUUAUUUAUGUUUUUCUCAUCUUUUCGUCUAUCUUUCUACCCCAUCCUCUCAUGGCUGUCUUAGGUCUCAAAUGGACUUUAAUUAUCUCUCAAGUACCUUAUCUUCUUUUCAUGGCUGCGAAUUAUUAUCCAAAAGCGUAUUUAAUGUACCCUGCUGCUGUACUAGUUGGCUUAGCUGCAGCUCCAUUAUGGACAUCGAAAUGCAGUUAUCUGACCAAUAUGGGUACUGUUUAUGCGAACGAAAAAAAUUUGAAUAAAACUGCAGUUAUUAAUCGAUUUUUUGGCAUAUUCUUCAUGUUCUUCCAAUCAUGUCAAAUCUGGGGCAACUUGAUCUCGUAUUUGAUCUUGACACCAGAAAAUCGAUUAUCUACCAAUGAAACGAGCAAAAUCAAUACGCCGUUAGUGGGAAUCAUAUAUGAGAAAUGCGGAGCCGACUUCAGCGAACAAGAAUAUCAAAGUACCGAAGUAGCGAACAAAAUCGAUCGAAAGACAGUGGAUAUUCUUUGUAUAAUUUAUGUGUGUCUUUGCAUUAGUUCAAUCUUCCUUUUAAUCUUUCUGCUUGAUCAACGACGAACAGCGUCACGCGAUAAAGUCUCAGUGAUGAUUCGUAGUUCGGUUAAAUUACUUGUUUCUACGCUGAAACAUAUGCGUCAUAUCGAUCAGAUUCUACUUAUUCCAAUGAGUAUUUGGUGUGGCCUGGAGCUGACCUAUGUUUUUACGAUAUUCACCAAAGCGUUUGUUUCAUGUACGUUCAGUGCGAAAUAUGUUGGUCUCGUCAUGAUCGCUUUUGGAAUUUGUGAUUCCGUUGGUAGUUUUGCCUUCGGUCAACUUGUUAAAGUCGUCGGCCGUUGGCCUUGUUUUGCCAUUGCUACAGUAAUUAACUACGCUUUAGUGAUCACCAUGCUCAUCUGGCAUCCGUCGAGUAACCAAAUCGUUGUUCUCUUCAUCAUUGCUGGUCUUUGGGGUGUUGCUGAUUCAGUUUGGCAAUCGCAAACCAGUGCACUCUAUGGCGUUCUAUUCAACGAUACAAAUGAAGCAGCUUUCUCCAAUUAUCGCCUUUGGGAAUCAGUUGGAUUCGCUUUCUUUUAUAUCAUUACACCAUACGCACGCACUCGUAUUAUAUUGAUUAUUCUUUUAAGCUUUCUCACCGUUGGUAUUAGUGGUUAUAUCAUAAUUGAAUAUCGAUGUCGAAAAUACGACGAACAAAGAUUGAAAAAGCAACCUUCGACAUCCGCUCAAAGUUUUCAAUUCUAA